AUGACAGCAAAGUGUACUCUGAUAUCUCUUCUCGUUAUUAUUUUGGUCACGGUCUGGGCAAGCAUUGAGCCUUUUCGUGUGGUUCCACAAAAUCUGACCGUAGAUUUCGGUACAAAUGUCUAUCAAGCCUGCCAGCCAGCAGUCAGACCGGAUUUUAUCAACUGGUAUGUGAACGAUAAGCUAGUGGGAGGCUGUUUGUUGCAUUCGAUUAAUAUCACGAGCAAGGUCUCGAAUCCUCGAUACAAGAUUUACAUGAGUCAAGAAGAUGAAGAAGGUGGAAUACCGGUUUGCUACCUCUUUGUUCAACGUUUGGAGGAGAAGGAUUCCGGUGUCUGGUCUUGCAAGUCAAGUCAUCCGGAUUCCAAUAUUCAUGAGGUCUCGUCCAAGGUACUCGUGCAUGAUAAGACAAUGCUUUUAAAAGUGUUUUUGCGAAAUGGAACAAACUUGAGGGAGAAAGCCAUAGUGCGGGCUACCUGUUCUGCCAGGGGUGUGCGUCGAACACCUAAUCUGCGGAUCAUGUUCGGUGGGGAGCCGAUCAAAACCACGUCACCGACCAAAGUCGUUGAAGAAAAUGGUGAAUACAACGUCACAGUAGAUGCAGACAUCCCCUUGGACUGGCGCAGUCACUUGCGUCUUUUAACCUGCCAUGCUGAUGUUGGUGACUUUAAGAGCGUCCAGCAAAUUUUCAUCGUCAUUCAUCUGAGUGUAUACGGCGACGCUCCGGAUAAACUGGAUGCACUUUUUGGGAUAGUAUCAGCGGAGAAAACACCGCCCAAUCUCGAAAGUGACAGCUCCUCUGUCUCUCCAUCUCUUUCCUCCUCUUCCUCACUAAAUUCUUUCUUAUCUCCUUCUGUUCCUGGGGAGUUCAUUCUCUAUGUGGACGAGUCCACUGAUGUCAUCAUCAUUACUUGUGAAGUCAGUCUCCCUUCGAAAGAUCAUUCUCUUCACCUGCUCUGCCCUCUAGUACCUGAAACACGGCUAUGUUUCGAGAACUGUCGUCGCGUGUGCUCUCUUCCAGACUGUACAGACAAGCCAAAGCUUUUCACGGUUGAAUGCGUUGAAGAUUUGUUCGUGCGAGACAUGUAUAACAUCUGGAAGUUUCGCUACAUCAUUGAUCGUCAUGAAGCAGCUGUGGGAGGCACUUGGGGCUGUUUCCAUGCCGGAAAGUCAACGGAGAUUGUAAAUGUCACCGUAACUUUGACAACAACUGCGGAACCGAUUAGAAAGUCAACCGCAGUAGAUUCAGGUGUUGGACGUACUCUAUCUCCAUGGCUGGGCUCUUCCGUUGGACAGCUGAACUCACGAGGGUCGAUCAGAGGCAAACAUGAAGGAAAUAAUAGAACUUCAAUGACCACACAACAACAGCAGAAAAGCAAGAGUAAGUGGAGAAUAAUGUUUUGCUGGUGUUUCUUCUUCAAUGACGGGUAA